AUGGGCAAAGAGGCUGCCCGCGCUCAGCGCUCCGAGCCGCAAGUACUGCCGCGAAUGCCCGAGGCCUUUCAGCAGCAAAUGGCCGAGUGGGCCUGGGAGGUGGAGCGGGACGCGGAGCUCAGCGCCUCGGCCGCGGCUUUCUCAGUGGCCAUGCUGAUUGCCAGCCAGCUGGGCCAGCUCGAGAAGGCAAAAGCGAUGAUGGCAAAAAUGGAGAAGGCGCUGGAGAAGGAGGCGUCUACCGCCUGCCGGGCUUGGCUGCUGGGCCGGCAGAUGCUUUGCUGCGCCCAGCUGCAGCUCGAGGAGCCAGAGCUGCGAGGUUUGCUGGACUCGUUGCUUUUGGAGCGCCUGGCCAAAGAUGCGCGCCAGCUGGAGGUGAUCUCAGAUCCCCGGGAGGCAUGGGCGUGGAGCUACCUGCUGCUGAGCGGUCAGGAGGAGUCGCAAGAUCUUAUGGCUUGGACCAAGGCCAGUCGCAUGGUUUGGGCCUCGGUGGAGGACGUGCACCGCCACAAGAGCGAGGCGGAGCGCAUGUGGACUAUCACGAUGGCCCUGCUGGCCUUUGCUCGGCUUCCCGCCGCGCAUGUCUUGGCGCAGCCGCUAGCAGCAGAAGCAGCCAAAGAGAGCUUUCAGGACAUCCUGAGCGUGCUGUGCGCCAAGCCGGGCAAAGGGCCGAAGGCGGAGGGCGUGCUGUCCCUCCGCGAGGCGAUGCGCCGGAUCCCUGGUGACUUCCGCGCCUGGGCAGUGUCUCUGGUGCGCCUGGCCCACCUGCGCGCUGACGUGGAGGUCGACCUUGUGGAACUACAGCAGCUCUUUGAGGAGGCCAUGUCUGAGGCGGCCGCUGGCGGCCGUGCACUGGCAGCCAGCAGUUGGGCGCUCGCAGAGCGCCUCGGGACGUUGUGGUUGUGGGCCAAGAUGGCCCUGCAUUCGAAGGAUGCCUUGGCAACCACAAAAGCGCCCCAGAUCGCACAAUUGGGCGAGGAGAUGGUGCAUUCACCCCACGGGAAGGCGCGGUGGCGAAGUUACGAGGCCGUAAUCUCGCCGGCCUGCGAGAUUGUCCUGGCCCGAGCGUACAGCCCGGGCACCAAGAGGGAGGUGUCUGCGCAACCCGGGCAGAAGAUGAUGAGGCAGCGGCAGCUGGUGCUGAAGCGCCAAACAGAUGCCGCCAAGUCUUUCGGAGUGGUGGCACCGCAGCACAUCCCCGCGUCGGACACUCCCCGACAGGUGCCAGGCUGGAAGGACUUUGUGCAAGAAGCUCCUUCGGAGGCCUUGCCACCUCCCCCAGCCCCGGCUGCCCCAGCGGUGGGCAUUGCGGGCCUGGCUGACGCCUUGGAUCUGGAAGCCCCGAGCCCGGAGGAGCGGUCCAACUUGGAGGUGGAGAUGUUGGAGGGGCGGCCCGGUCCGGAGCUCUCAAGCGAGUUGGAGGCUUUGGCUUUGCAAGCGGAGCGCGAGAAGGGUGUAGGACAAGGCUGGGAUCUUGACGUGGGCAAAGUGGACAGUGGCCGAGAAGGCGAGCGGAAGCCCCGGUUCUGGCCCUGGCAGAGGGAGGAGCGCCAGGUGGAGGAAUGCGCGGUGAAGGAAGUGUCCCGCUUGGAGCUCCAGUCGGACUCCCCAGACUUUUCACCGAAGCGUGGCCACGUGGUGGUCUGCGGUGAAGGCGAAGGCCGAGGGUGGAUUCGCUGAACAUGGGCAGAGUGGCCACUCCUUGGAGCAAGGACGUGGCUUUGCCAGGGGGGCUCAAUCCAGAGGAAAGCUUCGGGAUCGAGCCGCUCCUGGAGAUGAGUUUUGAGAGCUAGGCCUGGGCUUGGACAAAAAUCCCAAACACA